AUGAGAAUUCUUCCAAAAUUACCGGUUUGCACUCUUCUAUAUAUUCUGUUUGCUAUUGGAUUCUCUGAAGCAACAGUCUCAAGAUCUACUUUAAAUUGUAAAUAUCAACUAAUCCCAGAAUUUAUUGAUGGUCUUGGAUAUGGUAAUCAUGAGUUAUAUUAUUCUGAAACUAGGGGAAUCCGUCAUGAACCAGAAAAUAAGAUCCUUUUAAAUAUCAGAUAUGAAAGUGUAGUUUCAAUUUCUUUAGAAAGAUCAUUUGAUAGCGACCUAGAUUUCUCUUAUAUGCAAAUUGCACAAGCAAAUAACGAAAAUUUAGUUGCUGAUGCAAACCUAACGUGGGGAGUAGCAGGGAAUAAUACGAGACUUUUUUUGAGGACUAAACUAAUACCAUCUCAAUAUUUGAUAAUAAUAGGUUCAAAUUUUGUCAAGAAUGAAGAUGAUUUGGAAAAAGUUGAUAAUUCAUAUUGCUCUCCAAUCAAUUUUGAAUUUGGUCUAACUACUACUGAAAUUAUCAAUUCUAUUAGCAAUUUAUCGCUUAAUGAUCCUUUUAAAAAACCUCUUAUUAAUCUGAGCUCUGAUGAAAAAUACGAGUAUAGCAAUCAAAUUGACGACUCUUUUAUAGUCAGAACCAUCCCACAAGGUGUGAACUAUUCAAGCAAACUUUAUAAAGCGACAAUUUUGUGGUCAAGACUUUUUGUUAUUCCCCCCUCAAGGUUAAAGGAGGAAAAACUACUUAAUUUAUACAUUGAGCUUGGUUUUAAAUUCUCAAGAAUGCCACUGCAAUUAGUAAUUGAACCUCUAAGAAUUGACCGAGCUCAUCGUGAACUAGAAAGUCAUCAAAUUAGUGGUAACCUUCAUAAUAGAGUCUUUUUUGGAACUCCAAUUUACAAUGGUCAGUUGUUUAAGGAAAAUAUCUCUCAGAAAUCAUUUAGAGUUGUAGUUAUAGCCCCUUGGAUGGAACAUACUCCUCGUUUUGCAAAAUUUGAUCUUAAGAUAGCAAUUUCCUUCCAAAAUCAUUCUGAAAAGUUUUCUGCAGAAAUUCUUUCUAAUCAAAAUUCCUGUAGUUUACCCAAAUUGCCUACUAAGAUUAUACAAGAUGGGUUAUUUUCUGGUGAAUUUCAAGAUUUAAGGAAACCAAAUUCCAUCCCUUCAAACCACCUUUUGUUUGGCCCAAAACUUAACCUACAGGGGCCAUUCGAAUCCCUGAAAUCUCAAACCAACCAUGUUGUUCAUGUAAAAAUUUCUAGACCUAGUAUAUUUUAUUUAUUAUCGCAUCACGAUCACUCUGACAUAGCUAUAGCCCUGUCAAAAUCCCCUGAGAUUUCUGAAGAAGAAGAAGAUUCUGAGUUUUUUUUUGAUGAAACCUUGGAAUCUGACGAAAAUUAUAACCAUAACAGCAAAUCUACAUUCUGUACUUCACGAAAUCUAAAUCAUUUGGGGGUUACUUCCAAAGAAAUGAAUCUUAUAUACUGUAAAAUAAGCCAGCCAAACGACUAUUAUUUACACAUUCACAGCUAUAAAAUCAGUGAAUCUCAAAAUUCUGUCUCACCUUGCACUCCAUUCCACCUUCAGAUUGAAGUUUUCCCAAUUUCAUCUGACGCCAACGAAUGUACGAAUCCAAUUAAUGCUCGUUACUUCAAUUUACAAAUAUCUCCGAAUCCUAAAGUUGCGUUAAAAAAGAGCUAUAUCGCUCCUGAUAUUCUUCUUUUAUCUGCUAGUUCUAUAGCUUCGGGUAUCUCAAAAAUACAUACUCAGGAGUUUCGUGUAAAGGAUUUUACUCAAACUUAUUUAUCAAUGCAACUCCAGAUUCCAGAGCAUCCUCUUUCACUAGUAUUCAUUAAUGUCUUGUACAAUGACAAAAUCUGGCUGACAUUAACCCCACAUACUCUUCACAACUUCUUUUCGUCAAUUGGACCUUUAGUCGCAGGAACUUAUAAAUUACAACUGUUUGCAACUUUACCAGAAAACUUUGAUAUUUACAAAGUGGAAUGCAUUAAGUUUGAUAGUAAGAUUUCUUUAGUGCAACUCCCAGGCAAGCUUAAUAUUCCAGAACCAGGAUCUACCAAUAAUCACUAUAAAUCUUCCAAUAGUAAUGAUGAGCGAAUGGAUGCUGAAGAGGAGAGCUUGUUCAUUAAGUGCCAAACCUCCCAAAUGUCACUUCCACAAGAAAUAGACUUAACUCAAUACUUGAAAGGAGAAGAGUACAUACUGGAUGGAACAUUUUUGGUUCCUCUAGAAGAAUACGAAAUAGAAAGUUCUAACAUGCAUAAUUCCGAUAAUUUUCUUAAAGAAGCAUCUGUAUCUUAUAUGAUCACAUUUCGUGUUUCUCAUUCAAGUAUUUUAAAGGCCUCUAUUACAAAUUACCCAGGUUUAGUGAUGAUUCAUUCUAAAAACAAAAAUCCAACGAAAAUUAGCCCAAAUGAUCCAAAUUCUUUUUUUGCUGAAUUUAAUAAGGGAACCAAUUAUCUAAUAUUUGAGUUUGACCUCAUAGAAGAGGGUGUUGAUGAAAAGCUUGAGGAAGGUGGAUGCCCUAUAUUUCGUUUACACUUAUCGAUCAUCUCAGUUGAUGAACUUCCCGUUUUUCCUCCAUUAAUACUUCCAGAGCUUUACAAGUAUAUAACGGGAUACAAAAAUCCAAAAUCUAAAAACCUAUCAGAGUGGAGCCACACUGAACUCUUUUCAGUUUCCCAAGAUUACUUAAAGAAGAUGCUUCCAGAAAACUCACUAAUUUUUGAUCUUUCUAAAAAUAUGAUUUCUAUUCCAAAUCAAGACUUAAAUAAGCAUGAAAAGAAUUUGGUUCAUAGAGGAGACUUAUUUGAAAUUCGAGAAAUUGUUUUUUGGUUUUCUCCGUUCAUGCAUAUUUCAGUACCUUUAAGCUCAGAUUUAGAAGAGAUCAGCUUAUAUCUGACUCUUGAAGUUUACCCUGCAUGGAUACCUAUAACAAUUAGACUUUUUAAUGGGAGUGAGACAGAUCCUGAAAAGAAAUCGAGACAUAAUUUCGUUAAAUAUAGUAAUUUUGUACAGACUGGAAACAGAAUUGAAUAUUCUUUCCCAAGUAUCAAGGAAGGAAAGUAUAAGCUAUCCAUUCAAUCCAAAAAUCAAUUCACAAAAUUGACAAUGGGAAGAUCUGCUUUGCUUAAAAUAAGUGGAUAUAUAAAACCUGCAUUGAAGAAUAGGUUAUUUUCUUUAAGACAAGAACUUAUUAGUAUUCCUGAUAUACUUCCUUUUCAGGAAUUACCAGAUUCUCUGAAUAGAAUAAGAUUCUUAUCAGAGCCACAUAGAGGGUUUGUAAGUACUAUAAUGUUUAACUUAAAAGAAACAAAGAAAACCAAAUUAAGAGUCCCUGAAAACGAGACUAACUUACUCAGAAUACUUUCUGAACCAACUCUUAUUUCAGGUUAUGAAUUUUAUGUUACUAUAUUUAAAACUAAAGAAGGGGACAAAGAAUUGAACAACCAUCAAAUCUUUAUGUCUGGAAAGUACGGAGAUACCUUAGCAAUACUUUCAUCUGGGGAAUAUGAAAUUCAAUUUUCUCCAACUCCAAAUAAUAUGCCCUAUUUAAUCACUUUUGGGCUUAUUAAGUUUAAUCCUGUAGAAUAUGAGAAUUUUUUCAGAAACAACUUAUCUCUCCCGAAAAAUACCAAGGACAUAUUAGAAAGUUAUGUAAGUGUUGGAGUAGUCGGUACUGGGAGGAUUAGAGGUAGUAAAGAAUCUGUAGAAAGAGGUAUAUCGAAAAUGACUAAAAAAGAAAUGUUUGGACCAAAACAGAAAUGCCAUUAUUAUUUGGAAGACUUUAAAAUUAGUUUAAAUGAAGAAAAUACUCCUUAUUUUAACUCGGGAAUAAUCAAUAUCUGUCAAGGACAAAUUAUGACCAGAAGUAAGCUCUCAACCUUCUCAAGUAGUAUUCAUGAUUUGAAAUUAAACGUGGCAUCAUCUUCAAUUGUUUAUCUUCAAACUCACUCUGAUUUUCUAUAUUCAUUUUAUAGGAUUGGAAUAAUUGUCCCUGAAGGAUUUUGGGUAGCAGAACAGAGAGGAACACAAAGUUAUUUAGAAGUAGAGCUCACAAAAGGCCAAUAUAUACUUAGAAUAGAAUCACUCAAUUCUUUUUCAAACUAUGAAGAACAUGAGAUGUUAUUAUUUUCGAUUUUUGUGGAAGUUUCGCCAAUUGAUGGUUCAGAGACAGCUUUGGACUCUUCUAGUGUAAUUGAUAACUCAGUAGAGUUUGAUACAAGUAAAAAUAAAGGUUUAUCUCAUUCAAAUAUUAAUUCUAAGUGUCAUAUACCAAAUGGAGUACCGUUACCACUUGAUUUAACAAGUAUACAGGGUGGAAGCACAGUAUUUGGUGGUCCAUUGGAUACAAACAAGCCAAUGUUUAUUUUCAGAUCAAGGAUCACUCUUACAGAUAUUCAUAAUGGUAGAAAGAAGGUAUUUUUAGAACUCAAUAAAAAGUUGUUCCCUACCUUUAUAAGGCUCUCAUUGAGCCCUGUAAAUUUUGAUAUUUCCGAGUCUCCAAAUAUGCUUGAAGUUUUGUUUACUAAAAUCAAUUCCACUCCAAUUAAUCCUAUAUACACAAAUGUUGAUUCACUCUUAAAUUCAGUUGAAAAGGUCUUUAAGGUCGAUGUUGAUACUAUUGGAAACGAGCAUGCAGGAGCUUUGAAUAUUCCCUUUUGGAUGACUUUUACUCACAAGCUUGAUUUAUUAAAUAACAGGAUUUCUUGUUUAGCGUUUGAUAUGAUUGUACAUACAGUUUCUACACAAAACCAAGAUAUUAAGUUUUUGAAUCCUCCUCCAUUCAGCACUCAAACAGAUUUAUGGUUUAGCUCAAUACAAAGUAAGCUAAGCAAAGCUCUUUCUACAAACAGUCUUCCCCAAUAUAUACACUUACCUCCUUCAGAUGUUAUUCUUUCUUUAAAUUCAAAUGAAUUCGAAACUGAUCUGUUACUUGAUCUUAAAAAAAUUUCUCCUGGCCAGGCUUUACUUACUGCAGACCUGUAUUAUAAUCCUCUUCUUGUAUCAUCUAAAUUAACUCUUUAUUCUGAACCGGAUGACUUCCAAAAUGAUGAGAAUAACGCAGAAGAUACAUCUUCGGAAGUUGAAUUAAUUAAAUCCAGCUCCUUACAUUUUAAUGGAAACUUUUCUACACCUUUGUAUGCAAUGGAAAGGAUUACAGUUAUUCUCACACCCCAAAAACAUUUAUUGGAAUGUUCUAUUAAAAGCCUUCCUCCUUUUAAUUUAAAAAACGUACCAAUUAUGUUAGGAAUUUCACUAAUUCCUAUUAGUCACGAUAUUUCAAAGAACUAUCCACUAAUAGUUUCUAUCACCCCAGAUCCCUCAGUACCAAUUAUUGCAGGCCAGAAUCUUCAUCUUACUAUUAGAUUAUCUACGCCACUAAGAGACAGAAAAACUCCUAAUCGAAUUUCUAAGUCUAUAUAUAUUAUUGGAAAGUCAGAAAGCGACCCAGAAGAACACGUAUACCCUUAUCAUUUACAAAUUUUUGAUGCUGGAUAUACAAUUUCUGUUUCAUAUAGUUACCAUGAAUUUUCAAAAAUCUUCUCAGAAAGUCAAGACCAGUUUUCAAAGCGUGGAUUUCUUGUAAUUGACACAAAUAGCAUGUCUCCCAAAAAUUCCAUUUCAUUUUAUAAGCUUGCACCAUGGAUUCCUGUCUAUUUAGAAGCUAAGAAUAAAUUUUUGAUUGAAAUAUCUGGUUAUAGGGCAAAUGCUGUAGGAUGGGGUAAUGUGGUUUGGGAUGGAGAUUGGAACAUUUUUAAGCAAAAAAACAAGCAGUUCCAAAAAUCUAAUAUUCGAAAUCAAAGCUUAAUUGAAAAAGAUUUUGUGCAAACAGCUAAACUCAAUAGUCCAUUAAGUGAAUCUUCUAAAGAAUAUUCACAGAGCAUUAAACACGAGUCAAAUAGUAAUGACUUAGACAGGAAAGUAAUCUAUCAUCAAAUUAAUUCUGCAGCAAGUCCAAAAAGUGGUAAAAUUGAAGAUUAUAAUCAAGAAUCACAAGAAUCAGUAUAUUACAAAAGAUCUACAACGAAAACGUUUCUACUUUUAGUGAUUAUUAUAGUAUGUUCAAUAGCAGUAUAUUGUUCUCCUAUUUAUACACUUCUAAAGAAUUUUAUUAGUUAUAUGGUUUCUAGGUUUACCUCCAAUUACAGAAAUAAGAGGGAGUACAACCUAUUAGGAGAGAGGAAUGACUUUGAUUUCUUGAAUAAUAUUGUAAGUGACGAUGAAGAUCAAGAUGUUCAGGAUUGUGAUAACAAUAUAGAUAAUAGACACAAUAUUCAACCUAACUAUUUUUCGAGCCCAGUAAGUGAGCAAAAAGCAAUCGGUGCCUCGCAUUCAUCUGCAAACCCAAAGAAAUCAAAUUAA